GUAAAAGUCGGUCGGACGGGCGCGGAGACGCUUCUGGAAGGAACGCCGUGAUGGCUGCGCAGGGAGAGCCCCAGGUCCAGUUUAAACUUGUGUUGGUUGGUGAUGGUGGUACCGGAAAAACGACCUUUGUGAAACGUCAUUUGACUGGUGAAUUUGAGAAGAAGUAUGUAGCCACCUUGGGUGUUGAGGUUCAUCCCCUAGUGUUCCACACUAACAGAGGACCCAUUAAGUUCAAUGUGUGGGACACGGCCGGCCAGGAGAAAUUCGGUGGACUGAGAGAUGGCUAUUAUAUCCAAGCCCAGUGUGCCAUCAUAAUGUUUGAUGUAACAUCCAGAGUUACUUACAAGAAUGUGCCUAACUGGCAUAGAGAUCUGGUGCGAGUGUGUGAGAACAUCCCCAUCGUGUUGUGUGGCAACAAAGUGGACAUUAAGGACAGGAAAGUGAAGGCAAAAUCCAUUGUCUUCCACCGAAAGAAGAAUCUUCAGUACUACGACAUUUCUGCCAAAAGUAACUACAACUUUGAAAAGCCCUUCCUCUGGCUUGCUAGGAAGCUCAUUGGAGACCCUAAUUUGGAAUUUGUUGCCAUGCCUGCUCUUGCCCCGCCAGAGGUUGUCAUGGACCCAGCUUUGGCAGCGCAGUAUGAGCACGACUUAGAGGUUGCUCAAACAACUGCUCUCCCAGAUGAGGAUGAUGACCUGUGAGAAUGAAGCAGGAGCCCAGCGUCAGAAGUCUAGUUUUAUAGGCAGCUGUCCUGUGAUGUCAGCGGUGCAGCGUGUGUGCCACCUCAUUAUUAUCUAGCUAAGCGGAACAUGUGCUUCAUCUGUGGGAUGCUGAAGGAGAUGAGUGGGCUUCGGAGUGAAUGUGGCAGUUUAAAAUAUACCUUCAUUGUUUGGACCUGCAUAUUUAGCUGUUUGGAACGCAGUUGAUUCCUUGAGUUUCAGAUAUGAGACUGCUGCAGUCACAUCACAAUAUUCAGUGGUGAAAUCUUGUUUGUUACUGUCAUUCCCAUUCCUUUUCGUUUAGAAUCAGAAUAAAGUUGUAUUUCAAAUAUCUAAAAAAAAAAAAAAAAAAAAAAAAAAA